CGAAAAUAGCCUCACGUCAUUGGUUGGCAGCUUCAAUCCGGGUUUCGUAAAGCCAGUUUAGGAGCCGAAAGAUACCAAGAUGGCGGAGGCUUCCUUGGGAAGUACAAGCCCAGUUGGCUCUUUGUCAUCGGAAGAUCAUGAUUUCGACCCGACGGCGGAGAUGCUGGUGCACGAUUAUGACGAUGAGCAGACGUUAGAGGAGGAGGAAAUGAGGGAAUCAGACGGGAGCUCAGAAAUAGCUGAUCUGGAGAAGGAGGGGAAUAUGCCAUUGGAAGAAUUGUUGGCUUUGUACAGAUAUGAAGCAAUGGACAAUGCUCUUGGGGGGUCGAGUGCGGACAGUUCUUCUGUAGAGCUGACCGAUGACCUGCCUGAUAUGACGUUGGAUAAAGAAGAGAUUGCUAAAGAUCUUCUGUCUGGAGAUGAUGAAGAAACCCAGUCUUCUGCCGAUGACCUCACACCGUCUGUGACGUCACACGAAACCAACGAUUUCUUCCCUAGGACCCUUCGCUCUAACGCUGUUUAUGACGGCGACAAAGAAUCUGAAGGUGAAGAUGAAGGUUUGAACCCUGAGGAUUCUCGCAAGGAAAUCAUGGUGGGAUCUAAUUAUCAGGCAGAAAUUCCUGCUCUCAGCUGUUAUAAUGAUGAAGAUAAAGUUUAUGAAGAAGAAGAUCAGCUGCUGUGGCGGCCGGACAAGUUGUCCGAGUCUAAAAUGAAAAGUUUCCUUCGGGAUGCUGCUGUAGGUGUGGACGGAAAGAUGCAGGCAAAUGCAGAUUGUUUUCUCGUCAAAGACAAUGAGCAGGCCUUAUAUGAGCUUAUGAAGUGUAACUACAAUGUCCAAGAAGCUCUUGAACACCAUCGAAGCAAUGAGAAAUCUACAAAGGGUGAGAUGCUUCCAUGGUCUGAAGAAGAAUGCAGGAAUUUUGAACAUGCUCUUCUGUUAUAUGAAAAGAACUUCCACCUCAUCCAGAAACACAAAGUCAAUACAAGGACGGUGGCCGAGUGCGUUGCAUUUUACUACAUGUGGAAGAAGUCAGAACGAUUUGACUUUUUUGUCCAGCAAAAUCGAUUUGGCAAAAAGAAGUUCAGCAGCUAUCCCGGCAUUACGGACCUGAUGGACCGGUUGGUGGAUGAAGCCGAGGGUUUGGUGGAUGGAUCAGCAUCUAUUUGCUCCUCCAGUAGCGGCAGGACAGAACCUCCAACUGAACAACAAUUGAACAUCCUGAACUCCAUCACAGCCAGUGACCUCUCUGCGUUGACAAGUACAGUUGCCUCUGUGUGCAAUCCAGCAGACGUCAGCUGUCAUGACUCCUACAACUUCCCUCCUCUGGACGGCCUGCACCGUGGAUCCCUGAGCCAUGACGAGCCGCUCAACUACUCUAGCAACGGAGAUGGUGACUGCUUAAACCUGCUGGAGACCGGCUUCUAUCAUUCAGACCUGGGUCAGCUCAACGUGUGCGGAGACGACUGCGAGCGACCGCCUGCCAAGCGGCUGAAGAUGGGUCUGUCUGAACCAUUUAUAAACGACGUGUCGGUGGGCAGCAGGAACAUGGACUUUGAAAGCCGCAGGCACCACAUAACAAGUGCCAAAAUGGCGGUUUCUGUCACUGACUUUGGCGGAUUGUCGCCCAGUGAGACCGGCAGCUACAUGGCCACGCACACACUACAUCAGCACACAGCGCUGCAGACAGAGUAACGUCUCGCAACCGCGCGACCUCAUGGGACUACCUGCAAUCAAACGUGUACAUACUUCCUGGAAAUUCCCUUUUAGGUUUUCGUCUGUAAAUUUUCUUUUCCAGUUAUAUACGUGUGUGUAUAUAUGUACAGAUGUAUUCUUUCUUAGAUUUUUUUUUACUAUGACAUCAGUGAUGUCUAAUUGUACAGAUUUAAAUCUUGAUUUCUCAAGAGUUAAUACAGCCAUUUAUUUCGAGUCUUGAAUUUUGGAAGUGUCAUAAUGUGUCUACGUCCGAAUACUGUGGAGAAAUGAACUUGUCGCAGAACCUGGGCAGGCGAUGAGAUUUUUCUAGCCAUGGUGAUAUGCUGUCUGCUCAGCCUAUCUUCUGUGGUACGCAUCAGUGUUUACAGGCGUUACCUUGGACCUGGCUCUUGUAGCGGUUACUGCAAGGCUCUGGGAAUCUACCGUCUGAACGCCAUUUACUUUACGACCACUGUUGUUCCAGCCAUUUUUUUCGCAGCUCUGUUUAGUUUUUUUUAAAGCCUUUCUUCCAGCAUCAAGACACUGGGAAUGUUUUUUAUCAAGUAAUGUCCUGUUAUCUCUGCCAGAGAUCUCUGGGAGAUUUUUGGUAGAAAAGACCACAAGCGAUUCAUGCAAUUUGUGAACCAUUGCAAUGGUUCUAGCAAAAAGGCCCUCAAUGAAAAUCUAUACCAUUACAAAAACCUGUUUUAGGUAUAAAACACACUGCGAUGACGUGUUAUUUUUCUAUUUCACAUAUUUAUUAGAGUUCUUUAUAUGCUCCCUAUGUAACUUUGCUUUAUUAGACGGUGGUUAGUAGUAAAUAGGUGUAUUUAUUGCAGUGAAGAUCAUUGGACUGCGUUAUGGUCAGUACAGAGGAUUUUUUACCUCUGUAAUGUUUUUUUGUUAUCCUAAAAUUGUUGUGAAAUGACUGGUACAUGUUAUGUUUUGUUUACGAAUGUGUACAAGAUGAUCGUUAUUUAUUUAAAUGUUGUUUGCAGGGAUAUCUUAAACGUAUCAUAGGUUGAAAACAUUGGAGCGGAAUCUACCACAGUUUAUCUGUUCCCAUUAUUAACCAAUUAUGCAAAGUUGUAAAUUAUUUCUUUUUGUCGUCUGCCUUUUUUUCAUCCCUGCGUUCACUGCCUGGUUCUCCUGUGGCGGAUGUUUCUACAGUCUCUGAUCUUUGCUUUCGAGACCUUCACAAAGGCCUGCAAGCGCUGGCCCAACAUAAUCUAUGCAUCUGACACUAGAACCUGCUAUUAAAGCGCUUGUUGACUGUAUAUCAACCAGUGAAAAUGACUACAUUAAUGUUUCCUUAUACGUGGAUGGUCUGGAGAGAGGUUACGCCGUGAACAGAUUAAAUAGAUCCAUUUAAACUCAACAGUUUGUCCACACGUUUGAUUUUCCCCCUUCCUCAAUUGUAUUUACCCCCAAGCUUUUCUUUUAGAAGCUUCACGUGCUCUCGUAUGGCAAUAAUUUGUUAAUAUGUACAGAUAGCCUCAUACCUUCCUGUUUGGUUUUCUUCCUCUGCAGACAGACUUGAACUUGAAAAUGUAAUUCUGUGCUUUUGAGUCUGUAUGUACGCCACAAGAAUGCCUUCUUUACUUUCCCUAAUGUUCUGCUGAUUUUAUUCAAGAGAUUUGCUUACUAAGAGAUUUAUUUAUUUAUUCACUCAACUGCAAGUGGGAGUAUUUUAGCGGUAUACGAGUGAAAUAAAAUGUUGCUCUGUGUGAACAUCAUUGUUGCUAUGCCGUGGUCCUCGUGGAGACACGUCAGAUAGGUGGUGGAGUUAAUUGAAUGUACAGUAUUAUUUCAGCUUAGGGAUUUAUUCAACUCGUUCGAUGGCGAAUGUUUUCCAGUUAAGGCACUGUUGCCUUAACGCUCGUUCAAAAACUUGCAUGUCGAAUCUACCUGGAGAACGCUCAAAGACAAUGUCCUCCCAGGGCCGAACGAGAGACGUUUCCCUGGUUGUGAUCGAUUAUGUACGGUCAAUUUUCAAACCUGCAGACUUUUCCAGGAUGGUGACUUAGAACGGCUUGUGCUUUGUCUGUGACAUUGUGUUUCCUUGUAUCUUAGCCAGAAUUCUCCAUAUUUUUAUUAUUUUUGUCUUUACAUACUUGAAGGAUGUGUAUCGAUACUUCAUUUUAUACAAUAUUCUCCAAUUCAGUCUGUAGGUUCUGUGCAAUUUCAUUCUCCUGCUCCUCCGAGAAUUGAUGGAAGAGCUUUAGGAAAUUGUGGUGGUGCAGUCAUUUAUGUCCAAAGUUUGUAUAAAAAAUUGCUUAAAAAUGAAAUUGUAACGUAGUAUUGGUCUGAUUCCAGGGAAACAUUUUCAAACCUUUCCUUAUCUUUGGAAUGUUUUACAUUUUUGUUUGAUAUCAUUCUUUGUUCACAUUUGUAUGUUUUUUUGAAAGAGGAAUAAUUAGUUACGGUUCGGUUCAACACCUUGAUGUUAAAAAUUCUAGUGUUAAAUAGACAAUCAAAUGGCAGUUGAUAUUCUAAAUGACAUUUUAUCAUUCUUAAUGUUUGUACAUAGGCACUGUUCUUGUUUUCUUGGUUUUUAUGUUGUACUUAACUGGCAAACCGUUCCGGGAAUAAACUUCUGGAGAUAUAA